AUGAGCGAUAUUCAUCAUGGGCUCGUCGAGGGCUUCAGCGCAAGCGAUUUCACAUUCAACGUAACAAAGGGGCCGUCUGCGGCUGGCAGUGAUUUCGAUUGCUUCACUGCAGAGCUCGGCUUUGAGCCACCGCGGCUGCUCUACCCGCACAAUCAGAUCAGAAUAGCGCACAAACUCAGCAACUUCACCCUGGGGUUCUACGCCCGCCCGGCGCUCAAUCUCGUCGACAAGAGCGGUGCGGAGGCCAAGCGUGUUGCGUAUGCGUUGCACGAGGGCACGAAGCUACAGCUGCAACUACCAGAUAAGAACUAUGACUGGACUUACACUACGACCUACUCAGGCAGCUCGACGAGAAGCUUCGAAAACACACCCUACACAAGCAAUACAGCUACGCCUCUCCUCGAUGACGAUAACAAUGUCGAUCAUUCUACCGGCGGCAAUUCCAAUCACGAUUACGAUAACAAUCACUCUCACCAUGACUCAGACCCCACCGCCAUACGCAACACUAUCACUUUCUUCCAGGACUCCAUGGACGGUGCAGGCUACACAACCCUCACAGCAACGCUGCGAGUCGACGACGAUGGUUUUCAAGUACUCCAACGUCAUUACGUGCGCAUUGAUCGGAUACUGUUCAGGAUGUACGAGACCACUUUCACGCACAAAUUCGGUACGUGGAAAAUCGAGAAGCGGUGUAAAGGGUGGGAAGGGCGGUGGAACGAGGUGGUGCGGCGACUGCCUGCGUUGUACCAAGUGGGGCAAGAUGAGAGUACGCAGGAUUACCAGGAUUGCGUGAGGGAUGUGCUACUCUCGCUCAGUCCCGACAAGAAGAAAGCCCUAUCAAAAUCUCACAGAAAUACUAACUUACAGCCUGCGCAGAUGCUUAGAAAUACCUCCAACACUUCAGAUAGUGCAGGGAGUAGGAGUGGGAGUAAGAGUGCUAGCAGGAGUGCGAGCGCUAGCGCUAGCGCUAUGAGCAGCCGGAGUGGAUCGAGAAUGGGUUUCGCGGCGCGAGUUCUUCUCAGUAGACACAACUCAUCUGCGUCGAAUGCAAGCGGGAGACGACGUCGGAAACAUCCACCAGGAGCACUCUCAUUCAGCUCCACUCGUGCACACGCUAAUUCUAAUGCCCCUGCUCAAGCUAGAAGUAGCAGUAAAAGUAAAUCAGCUACACCCUCUCUAUCCCUUCAAUCUAGCUGCGUGUCGCCCAUGUCCUCGGGCUGCUGCUCGCCGUCAGCAGUGAGUGGAGCCGGCACUGGUUGGAAUGGAGUUGGCAAAUGGAAAUUCAAGAUAGAUUUAUCGGAUGAACAUGAUGAUAUUUGCCGACCACUUCCCUCACCCUUCCCGCCAGAAGAUGUGGAUAAUUACGAUGAUUACGAGAUGGAUGAAUGGGAGUAUCAAAGGAGAAUGUCGUUUGGAUAUAACAACAGGUAUAAUGACAUAUUCGACGACUUUAGCAGUGGAUCAAGCGAUGAUGAUGGAUUAGGUGGUUAUGGUGAGUUGGACGUGGCUCAGCAACUCACCAAGCGCUUGGAAAGGUUCAGUAGACAAUAUCCAGAACGCUUGGAGGUUGGUGGUAGUAGUAGUAUUGCUAGUGCUAGUGCUAGCGAUUGCGAUGACUACUUUAAUGAUAUUAACGAUUUUUGA